AACUGUUAACAACUUGCUCCUUGUGUUCGACACUGAAACAUACAAAUGUGACGCGUGUGACAUUUGUGCUUAAAAGAGCUCUAGAAUACUAACGGAUAUGCAAAGAAAGCGUCCCGGGUUCCCUCUGUUCCACCCAGCGGCACGCUGAAGCUGGGCUUAGUUCCCUCCCCCUGUGACCGUCGCAUCCUUACAUUCAUCCUGCCGUUCAUUGUGGGAUAAAUAAACAAGUGUGCGCUUCGCUUAAAGCUGCUUCGGGCCUUCAUUAGGAGCUAAUCUGGUUGUGAAAAGGUUUUCCUCCCUGCUGCUUCUACCUGCAUUCAGACGCUACGAGCUUCGUCUGCAUCACAACACACACAGAUUAGGCUAAUGGUAUUAGUGGCUCUCCGUGGAUCAUUAUUAUUGCCGGCAUUAUCAUUAUUAUUAUAGUUAGAAUAAAGCUCUGUCACAGACUUGUAACUGGAGGACGGACGCAUUUUGUACUGUGGGAUCUGAACUAAUUUUCUACCUUGGUAAUUCAGAAGAAAAGGAUAGAAUUAGGUUUUUUGGUCCUGUGACAGUUUAAAAAAAAAAAAAGUCUUCUCAGCAUAAUCUCACAUACACUUCGCUUCACAUGACGGAAAACACACACAAUUUUUGUCUCCUGAGAAAUUCCCUCAUUUUGCAGAGUUGUUGAACUAAAAAAAUCUAGAAACACACACACACACACACACAGCACAGAUUAGCUGUUGUAUGGAACCUCAGGGAAGCUCAUUCACAUGGAAAAACCUCUUCUUGAAUCUAAUUGGCGGCCGGUGUGUAAAUCCUCCACUCAGCACUCAGCGGUUCGUCUCCCUGCUGCUUCUCAUGUGUCUCACACUCAAAACCUGCAGCCAGGUGACCCGAGAACACACACUCCUCUGUGGCGUCGUCGGGGGAGAACAUCCACUUAUGGGACUUUUUUUCGCCCGCUGCCAGCAGUUCUUCAUCGUCAGGCGGAGGGCUCUCUGCUCUCGGGGGCCGCGUAUUGAACGCCGGGUCGGAUCGAUCGCCAUGGCGUCCGCUCUGGCGGACGGCAGGCCGGCGUUCUCCAUCGAUCGGAUCCUGGGUUUGGAGCUGCAAAGACCUGGAAACGGCCUGAAACUGCACCGACCGUGGGCAGAGAUCGGAUCGGAGAAGGAGAGCAGAGGAAAUGUUACGUGUUCUCCACAACAACAACAACAACAGCAACAGCAACAUCCUCAGCAGAUGAACUCUCCCAGGCCGACAUCUAACUGGUACAUCGGACGCAGGCCGCGCACCGCCUUCACCAACAGCCAGGUGAACGUGCUGGAGACGGUGUUCCAGGUGAACUGUUACCCAGGUAUCCAGCUGAGGGAGCAGCUGGCAGGGAGGCUGGACCUGGACGAGGACAGAAUACAGAUCUGGUUUCAGAACCGGCGGGCCAAGCUGAGGCGCUCCCUGAGAGAAACCCGUCUGCGGCGGGUUCAGACGGCCGUGGCCGACGUCGGGGUCGGAGGUCGAGUGAAGGCCGAGCGGGACCCGGUGGUGGAGAAGGAGGAGGAGCGAUGCCGAUGAUCUCUGAUCUGUGGACAUUUAUUCUUCACUUCCUGCCAAAUAUCAUGCAAAAAAACAACUGUGGAAAAAACAAAGCUGACAAAUAAAAUUCACAGUUUGCUGCAAAAACACCGGGAAGGAAUUUGAAGGAAGCUCAAACGUCUUUUCUGGACAAUUUGUAAUGUUGUGUCUUCAUAUGUGAAUAUGUUUCUGUUCUCUAAACUGUACAAAGUCUGAUAAAACUAAUUAAAAUGAUAUUAAUCUGA